AUGCUGAUACGUUCAUUAGUGGGAAAUCCUGCAGAUGAACAAGAUAUAUCGAACUCAAGAAAAGCGUAUUAUUAUGAUUAUGAACCUUAUUUGAAGAAAGAAACAAGUCAGACAAACAACACAUUCCAUCAAUUCUAUUAUAUUGAUUUAGGAUGUUCAGAUGGUCGUGAUAUUCAGCAUUUUCUUUAUUUUCAUUCGAAAGAAAUUCUCGAUGCAGGGAAUUUGAGUAUCAUCGGGUUCGAGCCAGAUCCAAUCAAUUAUUUCGCAUGUAAAGCCGAGCAAAAUCUUCCGAUAUCAGCAACGAAAACUGUUUACAAUACAGCAGCAUGGAUAAAGAGUGAUGAAGUGCCAUAUGCUACCGAAAUGGGACAAAAGUCACGAAUUGAUCAUAAUUCCACCACACGCGUUCUCUCACUUGAUUUUUCUCGUUGGAUAUUAGAAAAAUUCAAACCUGAGCAUUAUGUUUACAUUAAAUUCACUAUCGAAGGAGCUGAAAUCGAAGUUCUAGAAAAAAUGGUAGCAGAUCGAAGUCUCGCAUUAGUUGAUUAUUUGGAAAUCGAAUGGACUCAUCCAGUUUCCUCCGACUACGAACCACGACGGAUUUCCCUCGAAUGUAUGUUUGAUAAUUUCGGAAUGGAUUAUCUUUAUAUGAUCGAUGUAGCCGAUAUGGAUAUCGCUCAGACACACAACGAAACAUACGAAGCUGUCCGAAAAGAUAGUGGAUGGAAAUUAAACACGUCAUUGACUCGUUUUCAUUACCGAACUCGAAAAGAAGUACCGACACUAUUAAAUGAACGAUUACAUCGGCGAAAAUGA